AUGCGCAUCGCCGUCGAUCCCGCUGUGCUUCUAGACCUCCAUCUCGACAUCAACAACAUACAAGCGACAGCUCAUCACCUAUCCAGCAGUCAUCAUUCGCUGCAGCUACCGCAAACUCACAUCGAGGUGGCCUCCGAACCAAACACAAAGAGACUUGCUUGCGGUAGAUCCCGACGCCUCCUCCGGAGGAGCAUUUGCACCGCCACCAUGGCCGCCCCAUCCUCCUCAUCAGCCUCCAUGGCACGCGCCAACUUUGAGCUCAACAAUUCCAUCAUAACGCUAUCCUCCUCGACGCUCGACUCGAUCUUCGCCUACGACUCGGAAGAGCAACGCUCCAUCCUCCGAUCCCAGCCCUGGAAGAGCGACCCGCACUUCUUCCAAAAGGUGCGCAUCAGCGCCGUGGCGCUCAUCAAGAUGGUCAUGCACGCACGUUCCGGUGGGAUCUACGAGAUCAUGGGGCUGAUGCAGGGGAAGAUCGAUGUUGCGAAUCGGACGUUGUACGUGAUGGAUUCGUUCGCCUUGCCGGUGGAGGGGACCGAGACGAGGGUGAAUGCGCAGAACGAGGCGUACGAGUACAUGGUCCAGUAUCUGGACGGUUCCAAGGAGGUCGGAAGGAUGGAGAACGUUGUAGGCUGGUACCACAGUCAUCCCGGGUACGGGUGUUGGUUGAGCGGUAUCGAUGUCAACACGCAACGAACGAACCAACAGUUUCAAGAUCCCUUUGUCGCCAUUGUCAUCGAUCCCAACCGCACCAUCUCUUCCGGAAAAGUAGACAUCGGUGCCUUCCGAACCUUCCCGGAAGGCUACACCCCGCCUCCUACGGCUAGUACCGAAUCAGGCGGUGGUGCUGGAGAGUACCAGUCGAUCCCACAAUCCAAGAUCGAGGACUUUGGCGUCCACGCCAGCCAAUACUAUCCUCUCGAAGUGGAGCACUUCAAGAGCAGUCUCGAUGGCAAACUGUUGGAGCUCCUGUGGAACAAGUACUGGCAGAACACAUUGAGUCAGAGUCCACUAGUCAGUGGGCGCGGGUACAUGACGGGGCAGGUGAGGGAGUUGGGCGAGAAGCUCGGUCAGAGUCAGGCAGGGGUGGUGGCGAGGGCGAGCAGUGGCAGUGUGCCGUUUGCCCCCGCUGGGCCCCCGUCGGCAGCGGGAACGGGUGGGAAGGAGGCAGAGGAGGGAGGCAAGGGAAAGCAGAACGAGGCAGCAACGAGCGCGACGGCCGGACAGGACGCAGAACAACUCGUACAGGAACUGCAGAAACGUGCAGCCACAUCCACUCUCUCAAGAGCUAGCAACGACGCUUCCAAGUUGGCUAGCGAGAUGAACCACGGUCUGCUAUCCAACCAGCUCAAACACACGCUCUUCAACAACCUCCCUCGUCCGAUCGAAACACCCAACGCAUGUACCUAA